AUGGCGACGCCAGCAAAUGGUUCAGUAGGUGUGCCACCACCGAAGCCGAAGAUGACAGCAGCCCAGAAGAAAAAGGCAGAAAAAGAAGAACUAUUGCAGGAAGAAUCAAGACAAGAAAGAGAGCGAAAACAAGCAGUGCAGGAGAGUGUUCAAAUUGAUCGAGACGCGAAAGCAAAAGAAGAUGAAAAGAAACGCAGUGGCGUCGGCCUAAUCUUCAAUGACCCAGAUCGAAUAGAAGUUGAUGAUUACUGGUUAGCUCACCAAGCUCUUCAGUCUGGAAAGUCGGAACAGUUGAGUAAGGAACAAGCAGCUCUUGCCGUGGCGUCAAAGCAGGACCACAUGGCUCAACACACCGAUGGGUCCGCAAAACAAAAUACGAUUGAUCGACACGGCGAGUUAUCAAUGCAACAAAGUGAGAGACCACCAGCCCACCAGUCCACAUCAGCCCAAGCAGAAGACUUGAUGCAAGGCACAGGUCAAGAAUCGGACCAAUCGAUGGAUGACCAAUUUUUCGAUGCACCGACACACUGGAACCCAAACCGCAGAACAGAUGCCUCCACUCUACAAGAUAAGUUCCAACAAUCUAACGUAUCCAUGAAGCAUCAGAAAUUGCAAACCGAUGAUAUCAUCAAAACAUCGACCGAUGUGACGAAGUAUGGUAAACCUUGGGCUGGGUCCGCAGAAGAGCUUUCUCAGAUUUGGAUUAUUCUCAAUGAUUCACCUGUUGGUGUCGAUACGAUUGCUUAUGCCACUCUAGCAUCAGCACAGGUGCGAUAUGCAGAGCUUAAGUUAUGUUGCCCCGCUUAUCUCCAAAUUAUGCCCCUCCACCUCCGCGGUGGAAACACCACCAUCCUUGAAAAGAUGAGAGACUUGGAUUUGCAAAAGGCUAGGGAAAUUCUCGAAAACAAUCCCUUGGGUGAUUUACCUGCGUCUGAACCAAAGGCUGUUGAAGCUGCUCCAGCGGAUUGGGCUGAUAGGGAAGACGAGACAUUUCUUGAUUUGAAUCAUACUAAGAAGAAGAGGAAGCCGAGAAGAAAGGCAUUGCCAAAGAUAGAAGAUCAUCUCUCAGAAAUCGAGGAGGUGAAAGAUGCAGAUGCUCCAGCUCAGGCUCCUGUCAAGGUAGUAAAGCCAAGAGCAAAGAAUGGAAGCGCCGCCAAGGCUGGUGAGGUUGAUUCUGAAGCCAUUGAAGAUGAUGCCGUUGUCGUUGCCGGGGCCGUUGAGGUUCCUAAAAAGGCCGUAAAGCCCAGAGCGAAGGGAAAGGCGGCAGCCAAGGCUGUUGAGGUUGAUUCCGAAGCCAUUGGUGAUGACGAGACCAUCGAGGCCCCAGCUCAAGCUCCUGUUAAGGUAGCAAAGCCAAGAGCGGGAAAAAAGAAGGCUGCCGACACUAUUGAGGUUGUUCCAGAAGUCGCCAACAAUGAUGAGGAUGUCCAGGGGCCCGUUGAGGCUCCUAGAAAGCUGCGAAAACCCAGAGCGAAGAAAAUCAAGGCGGUUAACUUUGUUGAGAUUGGUUCUGAAGCCGAUAACGAUGAUGAUGAUGAUGAUGAUAAUGAACUUGAAGUUCCCAAGAAUCCAUCAAAGAAAGGAAAGUCUCAAGUUCCCGCGGUCAAGAAGCCAGCUGCAAAGCCGAGAGCGGUAGCCAAGAAAGCCCAGGCUCAAGGUGACGAGGAUGAGGAUGAUGAUGUUCCAACUAUGACAAAGUCACGCCCAGUCAGAUCAAGAGCAGCUUCAAAGGCAGUCGUUGUCAUUGACAGUGAUGACGACGAUGAUCAGGAAGGCCAAGCAAAAAUCAACAAGAAUAAGCCAGCAGCCAGACAAGUCGCCACGAAGAGUCAGAAGAAAGCCGAAACCGAGGUUCCGGAACACAUCAAGACUCUUCUUAACAAUACAGGCACAUUCUUGGCAGGCAGAACAUUUGUUGUUUCUGGAACUCUCCCCACUGUCGGCCGCAUCAACAUCGAAAAGCUGUCAAGGCUGUACGGUGGCAAGACAUCGAGAGCAAUUACCAAGGCGACCACGGAUGUUAUUUUGGGCGAGAAUCCUCUAGCUAAGCAAGUUAAGGAGCUUAAGGAACUCAGUCCUAAUACGAUGAAUGUUGAUGAGUUCAUUGCUAUGCUGAUGUCGUUGUCGAAUGAUAAUAACAACCCUGUCGGCGCUGAUGAUGGUAAUGCUGCUGUUGAUGAUGAUGGUGAUGGUGAUGAUGGCGAGGAAGAAAUUGAGGACCAACCCCCUGCAAAACGAACCAAGUUAGCUGUGGGUCUCAGCUCCGGCUCUUCUGCACUUGCUUAA